AUGUUGGGGACUCAUGGAACUGGCGGAAUUGGCAAAACGACCCUUGCAAAAGCUCUCUAUUAUUCAGUCUUCUAUCAUUUUGAAGGUGCUUACUUUUUGUUUGAUGUCAGAGAAGUAUCAAAGAAGUAUCAGGGUGUUGCCCGCCUUCAACAAACACUUCUAUCAGAAAUUCUUGAGGAAAAGAAGAUGAAGUUUGGCAGUGUUGACGAAGGGAAAUCUAUGAUUAAACAUAGACUCUCUACCAAAAAGGUUUUAUUGGUUCUUGACGAUGUUGAUGAAUUUGAACAGUUAGAACAACUAGCAGGCGGCUGUGAGUGGUUUGGUUGUGAAAGCAAAAUCAUUAUAACGACAAGAAAUAAGCAAUUGCUAAUUGCACGAAAUGUUGAGAAAGCAUAUGAAAUGACGGAGCUAGAUCAUUUUUACUCGAACUCUUUUCUUGGCAUGCCUUUGGCAUGA